AUGGCCGUUCUCCUUGUCGUUUGGUAUGGCGGCAUGCAAGUGGUGCGCGGACACAUUACAUCAGGCCUGCUGGCCGGUUACCUCCUGUACUCACUCCAAGUGGCCAUGGCCCUUGGUUUCUUGUCCUCCCUUUUCGGUGACUUUAUGCAGGCGGUGGGCGCAUCAAUUCGUAUCUUUCAGCUCAUGGAUGCGGUGCCCGAGAUUGGCAUCGAGGGAGGUAUUGUGCCCAAGCUGCCUGCCGACGCGCCCUUGAUCUUGGAUAAGGUCGAUUUUCGGUACCCAGCCCGCGCCGACACGCAAGUGCUUCACGAGGUGUCGGUGACCAUCGCACCGGGUUCCAUCGUGGCUCUGGUUGGACCCUCGGGAGGUGGCAAGUCCACUUUGGUGGGCCUUUUGGAGCGCUGGUACUCACCCACCAAGGGCAAAGUGACAUUGGGCGGUGUUGACUUGCGUGAUAUUGAUCCUGCGUGGCUGCACCACCACAUGGCUCUUGUUGGGCAAGAGCCCGUUCUUUUUGCCAUGAGCAUCCGCGAAAACAUCAAAUAUGGCCGCGCUACCGCGACCGACGAAGAAGUCGAAGCAGCGGCGCGCAUGGCAAACGCACACGACUUUAUCCAAUCCUUCGAAGAGGGAUACGAUACCAUGGUUGGUGAGCGUGGCGUCCGACUUAGCGGCGGGCAAAAGCAGCGCGUGGCCAUUGCCCGGGCCCUUCUUGUCCAACCGGAAAUUCUUUUGCUUGAUGAAGCCACCUCUGCUCUGGAUGCCGAGAGUGAGCACGAGGUGCAGACUGCUCUCGAUCGAGCUAUGAUGGGUCGAACGGUUAUUGUGAUUGCGCACCGUCUCUCCACGAUCCGCAACGCCAAUGUCAUUCUCGUUGUACAAAAGGGGCGAAUCGUGGAGCAAGGUACGCACGAGGAGCUAUUGCGCGCACGCGGCACCUAUUGCGAUCUGGUUCAGCGGCAAUUGCAGGUCAGAGCGUUGGCUGCCAAUACAAUACACCGCCCAAUCAUGCCUGAACAACCAAGCUGA